AUGCCGCAGCGUACAUGCAGUGGAUCCCUGUACAACUUGCUGGGGGUGAGCUCGGAUGCGACGCAGCAGGAGAUCAAGAAAGCCUACCACCAGCUGGCUCUUCGCCUCCACCCUGACAAGACCGGCGGGGACACGACGGAGGAGUUUAAGCUGAUUCAAGGAGCACAGGCUGUCCUCACAGAUCCACAGCAGCGACGGGUGUAUGACACCUUUGGAAAGAAGGGUAUGGAUGCACUAAGCCAAUUCGGCGAUGCAGGCAUGUUUUUGGACCCUUCCAUCCUUCGCGUCACCUUUCUGUUGCUCGCACUCUGGUCGGCGCUGUUUCUGCUUACGUUCGAACUGGUCAUUGUGCGGCUUGAUUACAACAAGACAUGGCCUUGGGCGGCGGUGUUUGGACCCUGUUGGGUAGCACUCCUCCCCGUGCUGCUAUUCGGUGGUGUGCUGCAAUUCCGCGGCAUCGCCAAGCGGGAUUUUGCCUCUUUCUUGUUGGGGUGCGGAUUCAUGAUGGUUAUUGCAGCUGUCACGAUGUUCGUGGCGGGGCUGAGUGACGCUGUCCCGUGGACUGCUGCACUGGCACCAUCGGCGGCGUUAUAUGUAGUGGAAAGUUUCUUCGUCAUGCGUUACUUGAUCCCCUCAAACUUCCGGGAGCUUUGCCGUGAAAGCGUUGACGCCGGAGUGCCGGUUUGUAGAAUGCGGGAGUACUGGGACUUUGCGCUCGGUAUGAUUUUUGAGAAGGCUUGUGUUUUCGUUUUCCUGGCCCUCGCCCUUCUACGUGCGGGGCAGACAGGCAAGGAGUCGUCCGAGCUGUUUUCCUUCUGGGCAAUUUUCGCCCCACUCAUCAUCUACUUUGGAUUUAUGACGCUGCGUUCCGUCAGUGCCUGCAUCAUCGCCCGUGUGGACCGCGCAAUUGUUGCCGUGAUGUUCUACGGUGGUCUUCUUUAUAUGACCUGCAUGAUGGCGGCUAAGUGUUCGGUGGAGCACAACCACGUGGUGAAGGGUCUGCAUCCGUCAGCGGCCGUCACGCUUCUCCCAUUGCAGGUUGUGCUCAUCUUGAACGUGCUAGUCCCUUGCUGCACGAGUUGCUUUGCUGAGGGAGUGCUGGAAACAUUCUGCGCUGGGGGUAGCACGAGCGGUGAAAACGCAUCACUGAGCAAUGACGAGAGACCUAACCGUGGUGAAUUCACGGGCAUUGGGUGA